CCUCCAGGUCGUGUGGAUAAAAGGAUGCAAAUGGCACAUUGCAGUGCCACAAGUCUUCCGGUUAUCCUCCUGGGCCCCAUCCUGAUGGCUGUAGGCUUGGCGACUCUGGACAGCCAAGUGCUACAUGAACUCGAGAAAGAACCAUCCUACUGGGACACACAAGCAAAGGCAGCACUGGAUGCUGCACUGAAACUCCAUCCUCAAGAGCACAGAGCCAAGAACAUCAUCCUUUUUCUUGGCGAUGGAAUGGGUGUGUCCACAGUUUCAGCUGCAAGGAUACUGCGAGGUCAAAUGGAAGGUGGUUCUGGAGAAGAAGCGAUGCUGGCCAUGGACACCUUUCCAUAUGUGGCCCUCUCCAAGACCUACAGUGUGGAYAAGCAGGUAGCAGACAGUGCCAGCACAGCUACAGCCUAUCACUGUGGAGUGAAGGCCAAUGCUAAGACGRUAGGACUCAGCGCUAAAGCAGUGGCCUACGAGUGUAACACCACUUUUGGCAAUGAGGUCUACUCAGUGCUUCGACGUGCUAAAGCACAAGGUAAAUCAGUGGGCAUAGUGACCACAACCCGGGUCCAGCAUGCCUCUCCAGCGGCUGCUUACGCCCACUCUGUCAGCCGCAGCUGGUACAGCGACGCAGAUCUUCCCUCCGGWGCCCACAGACAAGGAUGUGUUGAUAUCGCCACGCAACUGGUCACCAACUUUGAUAUUGAUGUGAUUCUGGGAGGAGGAAGGAUGUACAUGACACCCAAAGGCUCUCCAGACCCAGAGUAUCCAACCUCCACAACUCGCAAGGGGAGCCGCAAAGACAAGAAAAACCUCAUUGAUAUGUGGUUGAAGGCCAAACCAAACAAAAAGUCACAUUAUGUUUGGCACAGAAAGGAUUUUGAUGAGAUAAAUGUUAAAACUACUGACCGUCUUAUGGGUCUUUUUGAGCCAAAGGACAUGAGGUUUGAGGUUUUUCGGAAUGUCACACGUGAUCCAUCCAUUGUGGAGAUGACAGAAAAGGCCAUCCAGAUCCUCAGGAAGAAUCCAAAAGGAUACUUUCUGUUUGUAGAAGGAGGGAGAAUUGAUCAUGGCCACCAUGAUGGCAUUGCAAAACUGGCCCUGACAGAAGCUGUGAUGUUCGAUCAUGCCAUUCAGCUAGCUGCACGGCUAACCAGAGAAUCGGACACACUGACAGUGGUGACUGCGGACCACUCUCAUGUCUUUACCUUUGGUGGUAACACGCCUCGAGGGAAUCCCAUCUUUGGUCUGGCGCCAAAGAAAGCCGAUGACGAAAUGCCUUUCACCAGCAUCCUCUACGCCAACGGCCCUGGUUAUGUGCACAUAAACGGAACCAGAGGGAACAUCACAAUGGUGGAUUACUAUGAUGAGGAGUACAUGCAGCAGGCUGCCGUGCCGUUGGAYGCUGAGACGCAUGGAGGAGAGGAUGUGACCAUCUACGCCAAAGGCCCCAUGGCUCACCUGUUUCAUGGGGUGAAGGAGCAGAACUACGUCGCACACGUCAUGGCCUACGCUGCCUGUUUGGAGCCAUACAGAAACUGCCCUCCUCACCCACACCCGCACAGCCGCUCAUCAACUGGCCGUGUGAACACACAUCUAAGCCUUCUAAUAGGCAUGCUUGGACACCUAUUGUUAUUUAGAUGACACCCACCCCCCCGACCCACCUGCAGACAUUUACUGUUACUUUAUAUGAAUGGAAUAGCACAGGCUAUGAACUAAACCCUCAGAAUAUGUGUACACACACUGUUUGAGAACAUGCUGGCGAACCAAAAAGCAGGGAUAAACACUGACAGUGCUGUACUUGUUACCAGAAAUUGGCUUGUGUCACGUGGUAUUUAUCCACACACAGUUUUAUGCAAACACACAUUUAAUAUGCAAGCUUAAACAYGUUUUAAAAAGGCAAGCACUUGAUAGUUAAUACACAUGCAACAGACAGUUGUGAGAAGUUCUUAAAAAAGAGCUUUAAUGAGACAACAAACYUGCACUAACUUGCCACUUCCCCAUUUCGGUGAGCUUUUUUGUUGUUCUUUUUUCCCAUGUUAUAUUGAGUCUCAGUUAGCACAGCCAACUUAGUGAUGUCACGCAUACAUAAAGUUACAGUUUACCAUGUCCACACUUUAAACURAACUUUGGCCUAAAAUAACUUGAAGUAAACAAGCAGGCUGGGGUAAAGUCGCUGUUCAGUGUUUGGACUCCGUGGCAGGACAGUGGUGCUUGACUGUGACUGUCCGAAUGGAAAAGAUGAGUCAKUUAAACCUGAACUACGAACUGUUGUCUCUGUUACAUUAUUAAAUGACCUCCUUUCACAAUCACAUACAAGCUCUUUCUCUCUUCGCAAACAAACAAAAAAAACAUAGUUUGUUUUGUUUUUAUGAAAAAUACUGUACGUUUUUGACAUUGCUGUUUUUCCGAUCUCAAAUGUCAUAUUCAUCUGAUGUACUGUWUGUGGUCUGUUCAAAUUGUAAAGGGAAACAUUUUGUAAGUUAAUUGUAAGUAAUUUGAAUGUAUUUUUAUACUAUUUGUUCCAUAUGUAUAGGUAUAAACAUUUAGCUUUUUGCA